GGGAAGUUGUGCGAGCAAACCUGCUGCUCCUGCUUCUACCGGUCCACUUCUGGCGGACGGCCACUUGGUGGAGAAGGCGUGUGACGCCCGUGAAACUCAGCAUGGAUCGCGUGACCGAGAUGGCUUGUUUCGCCAGCUUGGAUGUCUCCAAUUAGUAUGGAGUCUUGAGCCUGACGCCGCUGAAAUAAACAUCGAUUCCGGACGGCGAUCGCCAGGCACGGCUGUGAAUCCGGCGCUCGCCUUAUCCCAUCUCUUCCCUGAUUGCUCGUUGUUACUCUGGCGGUAUGUUGCAUUGCUUACAGCGCACAGUCUUUGGAGGGUUCACUCAGCCUCCGCGCGUUCUCUGCCUCAAGCCUCUUUGCAUGCGCUUCGUUUUAAAGGGUGAUAGGCUGGAUUUGCGAGGUGCUCCCAACCGAAGAUGGAUUGAAGUCUUCGACUUCUAAACGCCUACAAGGAAAUGCUUGCUGUGAUAGCGUUGUAGGAACCUCGAAGAUAUGGCGUACGAUGCCAACACAGCAUACAAACCUCCGCCAAGGGCAUACUACGGCCAGAGGCAGGAGCAAGAGCCCUCUCAGCAACCAACUGGAUACGCAGUGCAAGGCGAGUAUGACUCCCGGGGACGGAGCCCGUACGCUGACCCGUACGAUCAACGCUACCCGCUUGAUCAGGGACACGCCCAAGGUAUCGGCUACGGUGGGAACAUCAACAGCUAUCAGAACAACGUGGAGCAGUACGGCAAUGGCUACACGGGAGGCUACCCGGGUGCGACGCCUCGGCCAACAAGCGGAGAUAGACUUGGACAACAGCAGGCUCAACGAGCGCAGUACGAAGAGCCGCCACAAGCCCAGUUCCAGCAACAUGUGCAAUCCGCGCAAUCGCAGCCCCAAUUCGAUCGCAAUUACGACCCUCGCUUCCAGCAACGGCCAGGUCGUGUAGGCUCGCCCGGCUACGGACGCCCUCCAGGGCAACGACAGCCGGAACCGAAUCGCCAGCCACUGCAGCAGGAUCGACAACAAGCUCGGGCAUCCCCAGAUCGGCAAGGCUACCAAUCGACACAGCACCGUGCUGCUCCGCCGCAGUCCGGUAAUGGUGCGUCGCGGCAGCCUCAGCCUGAACCGCGGAACAACUACCUUCCUCAACAGCAGCCUUCCAGGACACAGCGACCUGCAGAGACACAACCAAAUGGGCAGAGGCCUCCUCCACGGCGUCAGGACGGUCCCGCAGCUCACCAGGCUCCUCCAGCUGUCAUGCCGGAGUUUAAGAAGUUGACCAUGGUUGAGUGGAAGGCACAGGAGAAAGCUAAGCUCCACCAAGGACCAGUCUCACCGGACUUUCUAGCUCAAGACAACGCCUUCCCAACAUUCCCAAACCUGAAGAAAGACCGCAUGCGACCAGAUGACCGUUCGGGUAGUGCAAGCCGAGCCAGCGGCAGAUCGAGUGAAGACCUCCCGCCACGGACGUGCGCAACUCCAAACACCCAGCACUCUGGUGAGCCCAGAUUAAAUGGACAGCGACCAGCCCCCUUAAGAGGGAACAGUAACCAUAGCGAGCAGCCACCAACGCAACUUGGAGUGUCGCCUCAACCACGCCCAUCUCUGGAUCACAAACCGUUUUCAUAUGAGCCAAAUGCAAAUCGUCAAGAUCCAGCCCACUCGUCUGCGCCGCGACAGAUGACGCAGGAUAGGCCAAUGUAUGACAGACGCCCGUCUGGUCAGCAAGCUUCGCAACUGCGGAUGCUUGACAGGAUGGACGAGCGCACCCAGCAGGAGUACAGACGAACGCCUCCCCAAGAGGACCGCAGAGGCUCGCCACAAGCGCAAGAUUACCGGCAGACGCCACCUCCGCAAAACCACUCUGCAUACCGUUAUAGUCCGAGUCCGCAGCAAUUGCCAGCUCCCGCACAGCCACAACCAGCUCCAAGAGGUGCCCGUCCAACUGUUCCCACCAUUGACACUACUCAGACAAGACCUCUGCAGACGUCUGCUUCCAAUGACCGUCAGCCUUUUAGUCCCGCAUACGUUUCGGGCCGGCUGUCUGGCACACAGGGCUCACCAUCUGUCGUCUCGAACCUGCAUAUGGUACAGAGCGCAAGCUCCCAGAUGUCUUUCUCUCAAACUCCAACCGGCUAUGCAGAAGGCGGCGAGACGACGGUGAACUCGUACCCUCAUCAUCCGCGGACUGCAUCUCAUGAUAUUGGCAAAGUGUAUGACGAUUAUCAUGAAAGGUCGACGAUCGAGCCAAAGACUCCACAAUCAGCAGCACCACGGAGUGCAGCGGAGAUCGAAGCAGACAUGCCGGAUUUUGAUAGCGCUGCUCCAGAGCAGACCAGUAUGCUGCACAAGCGUAGCCAGAAGGGCCGCGGACAGCCCAACCACAGGCCGAACGAGCAGGCUCCACCGCCCAUGCCCACCUCCCCGAUGCGACUCCAGCAAGCAGAGCAGUAUGCAUCGCCGAUUGACAACCCUGAACCGGGACAGUAUCAAGUCAGGAAUGGGCAGGAUCCACAAACAACACUGGCAAACCCCGGCGCUGGCAAAGCCAGCCUUGCUCAUGCAGGCUUCGACUUCGGUGUAGGCUCUCAGCAGCCGCAGUAUCAGUAUGAUGACCGACAACGAGCGCCACCCAUGCGGCCACCGCAACCUCCAUAUGCGCAGGAGCCUCCUGUACGCAGAUCUAUGGAUGAAUAUGGGCAGCGUGUGCCCCAAAUGCGGCCUCCACAGCCGCCGUUCGUACAGGAACCCGCAGUACGCCGCUCGAUGGACGACGCAAGGCAAAUGCCAUACCGCCAAGGCGAGCUACCUGGCCCGCGGUUUGGUGCCAAUAGCCAGCCUCCCCGAACCCAAAUCUCACCGCAACAGCGACCCCAUGUGCAACGGGACUACUCUGCGCAGAGCUCGCAAAGUGCGUGGUCACAUCCGGGCCAGCAGCGCAUGGGAAGCGCACCACCUCUCCGACAAGGACUGCAAGAGCCGCCUCCGCCACAAGAGAGUGGCGCGCCGCUGUCGCAACAAAGGUCGGCACCCGAGCAGCAGGAACAACAUCGGAGCAGCAAUCCGGACGCUUUGCCGCACCACCCCGUGCCGGUAAGGCCGGGUUUGGCGGAGAGUAGCCCGCAGCCUGCCAAGCCACCUCCCGUACGGGUCUACGACAAUGUCUCCACAACCACUAAUGGCCAGACAACGCGUCCCGCUUCGUCCGAGAAGCCCGCUCAACCCGUCACGCGGCAGGAGUUGGAGCAGCUUGGCGCCCAGCUGUCUGCUAACCCGGGCGAUAACAAGCUCGCAUUGAAGCUUGCGAAGAAGCUUGUCGAAGCAGCUAGUGUCUUGGCCUCUGACGGCGGUCGAGCCGACGCAAAGACGACGGCCAAGAACCGCGAACGUUACAUACUUGACGCUCACAAACGCAUCAAGAAGCUUGCGUCCGCUGGCUACCCAGACGCACAGUUUUACCUUGCUGACUGCUAUGGUCAAGGUUCACUGGGCCUCGAAGUUGACACGAAAGAAGCGUUCAAUCUGUACCAAGCUGCUGCCAAGCAGGGUCAUGCGCAGGCCGCAUACCGCACGGCAGUAUGCUGCGAGAUGGGUCCUGAGGAAGGCGGCGGCACCCGGAAAGACUUCGCCAAAGCCUUGCAAUGGUAUCGCCGCGCCGCCGCACUUGGCGAGACGGCGGCUAUGUACAAGCUCGGCAUGAUCCUUCUCAAGAGCCUGCUGGGUCAGCAGCGCAAUGUUGGCGAGGCGGUAAUUUGGUUGAAGCGCGCCGCCGAGCGUGCAGAUCACGAGAACCCGCAUGCUUUGCACGAACUGGGGACACUGUACGACUCUACGAACACUGACCGGGAGGUGCGGGUGAAAAUAAUAGCGGACAAUGCCUACGCCCUUUCACUUUUCAAGCAGGCUGCCGGACUUGGCUAUAAGUUCAGUCAAUUUAGGCUUGGCCAGGCCUUUGAGUAUGGCACUCUGGGGGUGCCCAUGGACAACAGGACCAGCAUUCAAUGGUAUAGCAAAGCAGCCGCGCAGGGCGAGCAUCAAGCAGAGCUUGCGCUCAGCGGUUGGUACCUUACUGGGGCCGAAGGCAUACUGCAGCCCAGCGACACUGAAGCGUACCUAUGGGCACGUAAGGCAGCGCAGUCGGAGCCGCCACUUGCUAAAGCCAUGUUCGCAAUGGGUUAUUUCUCGGAAGUCGGUAUUGGCUGUCCCGCCAACGUCGAAGAGGCGCGGCGGUGGUAUGGGAGGGCUGCUUCCUACAAGUUCCCGAGAGCAUUGGAGAGGCUGGAGGAGCUGAAGAAGAGUGGCAAGGCUAGGCCCACCCCGGUCAAUGGCAAGCUCACACGAAAGGAUCAAAAGCGGGAUGAGGCGGAAUGUACGAUCAUGUAGAGUCGUGCGUCAAGCCCCUCCAUCAAAUAUUAUCGUGUGGUGGACAACGUUGGAAAACCUAUUGCACCCAGUACCGGGUCGUAAGAAUAACGAUCCCAUCCGCGGUACUCAGCUCCAGCGCAUCUGUGAUGCAUGGUAGCCUGUCAACCUCAGCCUAAUUGCUGAUCCUUGUCAAGCAGCAUGCGGCAUUACGUUCCGCUAUCAGCCACACUGACUUCGAAGUUAAGGCGCGUUCAAGGAGUAUUGAAGCGCUCCGCUGUACAUGUAGCACGCCGCAGAUAAUACGCUGCCGAGAGGAUACUCCACCCUAUGCGUAGGUGGCAGACGCAGCCGGUGCGGUACACACAAUCUGCAAGGUGAAGCGCG